AGGCGCCAGAUCCAUUUAUUAUCAAACACUAUUUCAACACUAUCAAUAGCCUAAAGUAAAAUGAUUGCAGUCAAUUAUUAGCUAUUUUGGUUCAUUUCUAGUGGAUUCGGUUCCAGCUUUCGCGCAGGCAGCGAAUUCACUGUGCAGCUCAUAUGAGACUAAUAAGAUACUUGCACACAGCCAGAUCAGACUUUUCGCAUGCAGUGAUAGGAGGAGGAAUCGUGGGAACAGCCAUUGCUGCCGAAUUCCAGAAAGACGGCCACAAUGUUCUUUUAAUCGAGAAAAAUCCGCAUUUGGGCAUGGAAACCACCUCCAGAAAUUCAGAGGUGGUACACUCUGGAAUCUACUAUCCCAAACACACAUUGAAGUCCAAACUCUGUAUCGAAGGCAGGAACUUGAUCUACAAUGCUCUUGACACUGGAAAGUUCAACUCGGUGCAAGUGGCAGUCCAAAAAUGUGGGAAGUUGGUGGUGGCUCAAGACGAGCAAGAGGCCGAGUACCUUCAUAAACUCCACAAAUACGUCAAGGAGGAACUUGAUGUUAAGACCGAGUUCUUAUCGCAUCGCCAGCUCAAAUCCAGGUAUCCGCACAUUUCUGGGGUUUUGGCAUUGAACAGUCCCACCACCGGAAUCAUCUCUGCUCAUGACUACUUGCUCUACCACCAGACGCAAUUGGAAAACCACGAAGGAACCACAGCCUUCAACACCACCGUCACCGACAUCGAAUACAACCGUGGCACUUCUAACUACACGGUGACAUGUUCGACAGAGGAUGAUGAGGCGUUUGAGUUUACUGCUGAUGUGGUGAUUAAUUCCGCUGGCCUCCAUGCACAAAAGGUGUCCAACCUUCUACUACCUCCCGAACGGCACUACACGCCAUACUUCGCCAAAGGGACAUAUUUCAGCUACCUGCCUGUCAAGUCGUUGGGAAAGUUCACCGAUACCUUGAUCUACCCGUGCCCUAAUCACAAUAUCGCAGCUCUUGGUACGCACUUGACUUUUGACAUUGGAGGCCAGAUCAAGUUUGGACCUGACUUGGAGUGGCUCGACGUCAACGACGCCAACGAAAUCGACUAUACCCCCAGUCAUGCCAACUUGGAAGCUGCAUAUGUGGCAGUUAGGCGGUACUUUCCUCACCUCCAACUGGGUGAGUUACUGCCAUCGUACUCUGGAGUUCGACCCAAAAUAGCAUCGGCCGAGGAAACCAAGAAAGGGUUUGUGGAUUUCCUCAUCAAACAGGAAGAGGGAUAUCCUGGGUUUGUGAAUUUGUUAGGAAUCGAGAGUCCAGGACUUACAUCGGCUUGGGCCAUAGCCAAAUAUGUCAAACAGCUCUUAUGAAAAGUUUAUAUUCUAUUAUACACAUCAGAGUUUUCUUCUCUUACUGGACUCAUCUUCCUGGACACCUCCCUUCUUAGGAAGCUGGGCCGGGGUGGUGUGCUUGGGUAACUCUAGGAAAUAUUCGUGUAAUAAGGCAGAGGUCAGAUCGCACCUGUUGCUAGGAUCCAACUGAGUCAUCAGCAUCAACAAAUCCAAGGCCUUUUCUGUGGCGGCACUGAACCGGAGUCGAAUCUCUUGCCGAGAUGGAGGAGGGUACACCUUCAAGGCGUUGUAUAAGGGUAAUGAUGACACAUUGGGCCAAUUCAGUUCUGUGGGGGUUCCCAAGGCUCUAAAAGUCACGUCCAAUUGGUCCACAUCGUCUUUCCCUGGAAGAUAUGGGAUUCGUAACAUCAACUCGGCGAAUAUUAUCCCCACCGCCCAGAUAUCAACUGCAUAUGUAUAGUGUUUAGCUCCAAACAAUAAUUCGGGGGCUCUAUACCACCUAGUCACUACCAUGGGAGACAAGUCUUCAUUAGGGUUACCCAACGAACGGGCCAACCCAAAAUCGGCUAUCUUCAACUGGCCAUCGGGUGCUAUCAACAAGUUAUUGGGCUUCAAGUCUCGGUGUAAUAUGAAGUUUCUGUGGCAAUGAUGAACACCUCUCAAUGUCAUGAGCAACCACGAUUUGAUGUCUGAAGGCUUAAAAAUGAUGGACUGGUCCUUGAUCAACACUUCCAAGUCACACGGCAAGAACUCGAGCACCAAGUUCAAGUUGUUGGCGGACGAAAACACAUCUAUAAGUUCUAUGACAUUCAAGUGUUUGAGUUCUUGGAGAUACUUGACUUCGCGUAUGGCAGACAUGUCUAAUCCAUCUUUGAAGAGCCCAGUUUUGAUUUCCUUGAUGGCUAUGCUUCUCUUAGUCUUCAUCUGUUUCCCUAGGUACACCACAGCGUAGGUUCCUUCUCCUACUUUCCUCUCUUUCGAGUACUUCAAUUCGUUCACUUCAGUCAUACUGAGAUA